CCACCUGCAACAGUCGGUCACUCCCCCUGCAGCACAGUAGCAGUCGGUCACUCAACCUUUUGCGAUGAUGUCACUGCUUAGCUCCGUCCCGCCCUCCAAGCCAGCCAACUCGCAUUUUCGGAACCCUAAAACUCCACAUUCUCCCUUCUCCAUUCAGCGAGCAGCGCUAUCACAUGCCUUCGCUUACUGAUUCAUCCUGUGUGGCAGCAUCCUUCGCCACAUUCUCCAUUCAGCAUCGUGCAUCUCGGGGAGAAUGAUGAGAAGCCCUGUCUGCAGGACCACAUGGAGGAGCUGCUUCUCUCCCACCCCCCAAAAAGAUACGCUUUUUUCGAGAUCUUAUCAUCUUUUUUUUUUCCCCUCUCCAAGUUUAUCAUAUUCAUAUUCAUAUUCAUAUUCUGACUUAUGCUAUCAAGAUUUGACUAUUUCAACUAGAUGAUCUAUCAACCUAAACAAACUGGUCAAUCUGUUCACUACUGUACAGAUAAUUUAUAAUUCUUCCUUGGAAAUGUUAUCUGUCGUAUCUACAGUUAAAUAUCCGAAAGAAUGACACUUGGUUGGUAUGGACAUCUCAAGGACUGCUUUUUACAAUUUGCAAAUCUUUCGUGUUUAGUUUCUAAACCUCAGAGCCUGCAAUUAGUUAACAAACGCAGGGAUUCUUAAAGAUGCCAUGUUCAAACUCCUAGUUAGCUGAUCACUGCUUCAUCAUUUUUUUAUGCACCUUUUAGGGCCGUAGGUGAAAUAGACUCCCCUAAUUGGAUCCCUUCUGUGGCCUAAACAUCAUAAACGUGUCCGAGCAAGCAUCUGAAUAGUGUUAUCCUCGUGAUUAAUCCUUCACCCUAAAGUAAGAUUAUCUAUCUUAAUCAUGUAUUCUGUCCCCUGCAAAGUUUGGUUAAUUAAUAUAGGCACCAGCUAUAUGGAUGGACCAACGACGUGGAUUCAUAAAGGACGAUGUAAUGUCAAAUUGUUUUCUAGCAUCAGUAUUCUGAGUGAUAAGCACGAGCUAGUGUUAUCCUGACCACACGCUCAUAGAGCUGGGGAAGGAUUAUAUAUCUUAAUUUGGUAGAUUUAAGAAGUAGGCAAGGCUCAACCACACCAUCAAUGUAUAGCAUAUAACACAAAUGAAAAACUUAAAUUUAAGUCGACUGUUAAUAAUUGUUAUGGAUUUGUAGCCAAAUUCUCAUAGACUUGUAAGGUUCAGGGAACAUAGUAUUGGAUCUACUGGUAUAGAAACUUGCAGUUUGUUGUGAUUCCAAGUGUACCAUUUCUAAGAUCUAGUGCCACACAUAGGAAGUUUGAUGGGACAAAUUUAAAUAUAGUUGUUCAUCAUAAAAUUUAUUUUCAAUCUGCAAUUUGGUUGUCCUUACCAUCCUGGCAAUUAGAGUAGUUGAGUGCUAUCUCAGAAGCCUAAGGUCACUAAAUCAUUCUUUAGAAGCCUAGCACAAUUAUCAGUGGCUUAAUACAUAAUUACAUGCAAAAACAUUGAUGUAAUAUGAAAUUAUAAUUGGCAGCCAAGGUAGAAGCAGGCUUAGAAGAGAAAAAAGUGUUGAGUUAAUUUGACAGGAAAUGUUCAACAUAGAGGAACUUGGGAUGCAAGAAGUGUUAUGUUUUGUAACCUUUCAUGUCCUAUGUUGGUUUUCUUGGCAUGAGAUUGGCAGGUUGGGGCGGCAUGAAGCAUACAAGAAGAGUACAUGUGCCUACAAGAGAAGAUUAUAUCCACAAUCUACUAAACAUUGUCUUGAACAGCUCCAUGCAAUCACAUAAGAGGAUGUCUAUGCAUGUGCAUGUGAUUCAUCACGUCGUUAUACAAAUGUAGUUAAUUAUAUAUUGCCGUCGUCGUCGUCGAGUCAGAUUACUUAGAUGGAAGAUAUAAGGAAAGUGACAUGAAAAUGGUACGUAAUGAUGGAGCUUCAUACAUAUUUUUAUGAGCUUUUCUCUUCCCCUUUUAGCUUUCCAUCCAAAUAAAUACAACCUUAAUCAACAACUAUCAACAUGUAAGUUGGCACUUACGGAAAUUUUAGUCAAUGGUUGAAGCAAAAAAUCUUUCUAGGCUAUGCCACAGCAAUCAAAAUUUUUGUCAUGCAUUCCAAGUUGGCUCAAAUCAAAACUCUUUCAUUUUUUUUCCUUCUUUUUUGUCUUUUUAUAAGUGCUGGUUUGGUAGCAAAUUAGGAAUAUUUCUUAGACCAUUUUGGAUAAUGGAUGAAAAAUUUCCAGAAUACUAGAAAAACAAUUGGUUAAUGUUUAGCGCUGCAAAGUUGCAAUUUGGAUUUAUCACUUGAACAUGUAUCUGCAAGGAUUUUAUUUUUCAUGGUUACUUUUUUUUUUUCUUCCUGUUUCUUUACAGAAGUAUUGUUCUGAGGGCUGCCGGACCAGUUGCCGGAGAAGGAUUCAGCAAUCUAAAAGACUAAAAAAAAUUUAUCUUCAGGAGUUGAAGUAUUCAUCUAGGGAAUUGGACCUUUAACUAUUCCAAUGGGGAAUGGAGAUUAGUCAUCUGCUACUAGAGAAUUCCUUUCUGUCUAUUUAACCGUCCUCUCUUUCUUUUCUUCAAUUUUAUCCACUGCAGUGGGGUGCCCACAUACUUUCACAUUCUUGGACAAGAACAAGGAAGGCUUUUGGGUCUAAUUUCUCCUGUCAAGUGAUCCUCAAAGGCAUAUUGCUGUUUGGUUGGAUUGAAACCAUGAGAAUCUUUAGCUGGGUGCAAAACAAGUUCAAUGGGAGGCAGGAGAAGAAGAGAUUUGAUGCAGGAAUGAGCUCGGCCCGUUAUGAUUGCAUGCCUGAUACUCUGGAAGAACAGAGUGAGCAGCCACGUGCAUUGCUGUCAAUUGGCACAUUUGGAAAUAAUGAGUUGAAGGAAGAACCUCAGAGAGAUGAUCAGCCUCCGAAUCUGGACUCCUCAGACAGAUUAUCUGAUUUCACUGUUGAAGACGUUAACAAAUUACAAAAAGAACUAAAAAAGCUACUCUCACGCAAGUCCAAGUCCAAGUCCAAAACUAGUGUUGGAUCGGAGAUGGGUGAAGAAGAUAGAGCCAACUUGCCAUUGGACAGAUUCCUCAAUUGUCCAUCGAGCUUGGAGGUUAACAGGACUGCUACCGUAAACAACGGGGAUCUGUCACCAAACACCAAGCUCAUACUAUACAAACUGAAAGAUGUGUUGCUAGGUAACCACAACCCGAUUAAGAAAAAAUCUAUUUCCUUUCUUCUGGAGAAGAUGUUUAUGUGUGGCAGUGGCUUUGCACCUGCUCCAAGCUUAAGAGAUCCCAUAAUUGAGUCAAGGAUGGACAAGAUUUUAAGAGCAAUUCUCACAAAGACGAUUUGCCAGCACUGUUCUGCACCAAUUCCACCAAAGAAAUAUCUUGAGAAUACACCACAAGAGCAAGCACACAAAGAGGAAGAGGAAUGCAGGAGGAAAUCUAAAUGGGUCAAAACAGAUUCAGAGUUUAUUGUCUUAGAGAUCUAGCAACCAAUUGUCGAAGAUGAACUCAGAGACCUAUGCACGUCGCGUAAGAUUUCAAACCUAAUACCCAGAAGCAACAAACACAAACAUGCUUUGCCAAUUUGUGACUGAGACUGCAGCUGCUCAGUGACAGUGGGAACAAUGGAAUUGCAAGCUUUAUAUCAUCAAUGUCAAUGCCACGCAGAGAUUUUUGAAUGUUUUGAAUAUUGUUUGAUGGGUCCUCAGUUGUGCAUAUCUAAAGGGAGUUGAAAAUAAAUAGAGAAGAUUGUAAGUUUUUUUUUUUUUGCAAUUCAUAACUUGGUAACUUUAUCUUGUUUGUCAUUGUUGUUAAUUUUUCGUCCCACUAAGUUAUAAUAGGUUAUAAAUCUUUAUCCCA